UUGAAACUGUGCAAAGGCCUUUGAUGAACAUACGUGACGGCCCAGCCAAUACAGUUGGAAAUCAUGGCUUCAAAAGCUUCAUUUGGUAAUAUAUCGCCAGAAACAUCAGCCCUUUUCGUCUGUGACAUGCAAGAGAAAUUCAAACCAGCCAUUAAAUACUUUGAUGAUAUAGCAUUCGUGGCUAAACGACUCAUUGAAGGAGCCUACAUCUUAGAUAUACCAGUCAUUGUAACAGAGCAGUACCCUAAGGGACUUGGACACACUGUAGAAGAUUUGGAUAUUAGUCGAGCUCUUGGUGUAUACCCAAAAACAAAAUUUUCCAUGGUCAUUCCUGAAGUUGAAGCACAUCUUAAUAGUCUAACCAAUUUGAAAUCUAUCAUUCUUCUGGGAAUUGAGGCCCAUGUGUGUAUUCAGCAGACAGCUUUAGAUCUCUUAGCCAGAGGGUAUGAUGUUCAUGUGGUUGCUGAUGCAGUCUCAUCAAGGAGUUUGAUGGACAGACAAUUUGCCUAUGAGAGAUUACGUCAGUUUGGAGCCAUCAUCACAACAAGUGAAUCGAUUCUCUUCCAGUUACUAGGAGAUAAAGAUCAUCCUAAAUUCAAGCAGAUUCAAGGUUUAGUCAAGAUUAGUGCACCUGUCUCUGGACUGGCAUCAAAUAUGUAGAGUGCAGCUCAUUAGUUAACAUCCAGCAUUAAAGCAUGGCUCACACCUUUGCAUUUUGAGCUGCAUAUUGCACAAUUGCAGACAAUAUUUGCAGCCAAAGGCAACACAACUCAAUGAAACAAGGUAAUUUGAGGUCAAUAUGCAGACUAAUGCAAAGGUUUUGCAUUGUAGCUCGGUAGCUUGAAAUCUUUUUUUUUAUAACAUCCCCAAAUCUACAACAAAAUCCAUACAAGCAAGGGCAAGUGGCAACAAGCAAAUGGGAGCAAGGGUGAGCAGCUUAGGCAGGCAAACACAGCUUGCCUGCUCAACUUACUUCACCUUACUUUACUAUGUGCAACCCUAUAUGAGCUCACACACAAUAGUUUGAUUGCAGCCAAACAUUUUGUUGCAUAGUAUGCUGCAUUGAGCUGUGUAUUGCUGCUUUACACAGCCGUAUGCAGCUAAAAAGGCAAAGGUGUGGUGUUAGCCAGGCUCAAUAUCCUAAAAAGGCAAGAUGACAGAUAUUGCAGUUACAUUAGUUGUGCACUGCUUAUGUUAAUUCAAGCAUGGGCUCAAUGAUUGAAAUCAGUGAGUCCACUGUUAAUGUGUAGUAAUUUACUUAAACAGUGGGCUCAUUAAUGCUGUAACUAUAUCACUAAUAAGCGUGAAUUUAUCGCUCUUUGACAAAAGCGUACAUGCAUUUGAUUCUUACUCAAAUUAAGCAUGAGUAAUGCAUGAAAUCUGCAUAAACGAUUUCAGGCCAUGGAUUCAAAACUACCUUUGUGCAUGAGGUCCUAUUGGGAGUUGUUCAUGAAAUUAUUCUAGCCUUUGAUAUACAUGUAGGGUUUUAGUGAAGACUUCUUUUUUUAAGUGAAACUUUGUACAGAAUGACAUACAUUCAUUUCAUGAUUUCCGGUUAAAAUAACAGGUAUCUGAAAAUGUACUUGCCCUUUUUUUUUUACUUGAAAUUUUUUCUGUCAGAAUUCAAUAAUCAAUCAUGCAUCUAUCAAAGAGUUAUUAGAGAGGGAAGUAUGGAUCAAUCCAAGAUACUACUGACCUAAUAGAUUUCAAUUGCAUUCAAUAUGAAAACAUGCGCCUCCGAAUAGUCUACUAGAUAGAUGGCACAUAAUAAAUGCUGUUUCUAUUAGAUAUGUCAGUAUUAGAUGUAGGUUUUGGGGUGUACUUCAUUAUUAAUAUUGUUUGUUAUUGAGGUUGGUUUGACUGGAACAGCAAAUUAUUUUACAUUUUCAGAUUAUGACAAGUGGUUGCUAUUGGAUGAUUGGCAUAAAACUUAUAUUAAGUUAUGUUAUAUUAAGUGGUCUCAUAUUGUCUAAAUUCCAUGAAUUCCAUGUACUCCGCUGACUUGUAAGUAAACUAAUUUAAAUUUCACUUAUCAACUAUCACAGUCUACACCAACUGUCUGUACAGCCACACAGAAACAUUGUUUUCGCUAUAAACAGAAGCCCUGGAGGCCCAGUUACAACCAGAAAUGCUGCAGCGAUGCCUAAAUGUCACAACACUUUAUUUACAUCUUGGAUCAACAUUUGACAUCUCUAUCCGAAAGAUGUGUCUUGGCCAACUGUUGGUGCUCUGUUAGCGGUAACAACAAUUCUGAGCAGCCAGUACAGAUCGUUUCUGUGCGCAGCUUCUCGCAUUAGAAUGUGCACACAGAUCACACAUUCACAAGUAUGAGACUCGUGUACAAGACUUGUUUUUUGUAGGUUUCUUUCUUUAGUCAUUGUGAACAAAUUUUCCUGUUUGAAAUAUCCAACAUUAAUAAUAUGUAAAGUAGUCAUUGUCACUCUAGCUGAUCCAAAGCACCAUCUCUCCCACUGUGAAUAAUAGCGCGUUUUCGCCCAGCGUCGUACGACGUAGAACGUAAGGGUCGUGUGCAAAAAUCGCCAACUUCCAUGGAAACAGAGGCCCGAGCGUUCUUGAGCUCAAAUCACGGACGGUUCUUCCGCAAAUUAGCGGGCGUCCGCAUUAGAACGUAGGAUUUGUCAACAGCCGUCAACAGCCAAUCAGAUCGCUUGUAGAGCGAGCAAGCUGAGCCGAUCGAUGUAAACACAUUCGCCCAUCGCGUGCAUGCACAUGUUGUACUCUACUCUGACUACACUGAUAGCUGAAAGCUUCAAAACAUGGACUCGAAUGCGAGUUUUUCGGUGAGUACCAUUUCAAUUAUACUAAAAUCAAGCUAAGUACAAUUUCAAAAUGUUACAGUAAAAGUUUAAACGAGUAUGAUUAUUGAAAUAUGAUUGAAAAGCCGUUGCAUGGCUCGGUCGACGACGCGACUGCAAGACACAUGGCACUGCCAGUUGUGUGCACAUAGUAGGAACAUAUACAAUGCAUAUGUUGGCGUGUCAACAUUACAUGCCAGCCAUGCCAGCCGGUCGAUCCGGCCGCGUUCAGCGAUUUGCGAAACUGCUUACAAGCGAGAGUUGAGCGCGACGGACGCACGAACCAAGAGAUCGUUCUACGUCGUAGAUAGCGUCGUACGACGCUGGGCGAAAACGCGCUAAUAACUUGAACAAGGACUGUCCCAUUGUUUGUCUGGAUUCUUCUCUAUACUGGUGCUGUAGAUUGAAUAGUGGAGGUAUGGCCUAUGGAGUAAUGUGCACAACUAAUGCAUGCCUGCACCAGAGUAAAGAUGCAUUCAUACAAUAGAAGGCACUAGUCUCACGGGUAAUUCAAGAAAUUAUCACAUAUUGAAGAAAGUAGCAUCUUAUCAAAGAAAAACUAUAAAUUGGUUGAAUCUCUUUUAAUAUGAUGCAUUAUGUAGCUAAUAUAAACCCCUCUGUUAGAAUGUCAAAUAAUCAAGUAUUCUGAUUGGUCAGAAGUGGAGUUAUGUAUUUGACUAUGCCUGCAAACAACAAAUUAAGGUGGUUACUAAGUGCAAUGGGCACAGUUUUUAGUGAUUCACAUAAUGUAACUAGUACUAUAUCAUAAACUGAAAAGAUCAAUAUUUUUGUAAUUACAUGUAUGUGGUUUAAUGUUCUCCCAUGGAUAGUGACUCAUGAGAAAACAAUAAAUAGAUUAAAAAUCA